CUCAAGGUUAUUCCUAGGCCCCGUCUUUUGAACUUGUUGUGAUUACUUCCACUAUCUUUCGACUCCCAGGCAGUUAACACCGAAUAAUGCUUGGUAGAGAUUGAUAUUUAAAAUAUGGCCGGUGAAGAAUCGAUAAAAAUUAAAUUAAUCCUGUUAGGAGAUUCAGGUGUGGGGAAGACAAGUUUAAUUCGUCGAUUUGUUGAUGACCGAUUUACACACAACGAAGCGGCGACAAUCGGUUUCGAUUUCAAACCAUAUCAAAUGGUUGUAGACGGAAGAACGAUUCAGUUUAAUAUAUGGGAUACAGCUGGUGUUGAACGAUACAGUAGUUACUUGACUCCUUCGCUUUACCGCCACGCUCAUGGUGCUCUUUUUGUAUACGAUGUUACUUCCGCACAAAGUCUUUCCGGGGUGAAAUACUGGGUAGAACAAACCAGACAAUUCUGUGGUAGUCGACUUUUAAAAAUGCUUGUUGGCAAUAAAAUUGACUUGGAUAAUCGCAUAGUUUCAAAAAAAGAAGGUUCAGAUUUCGCUCGAAGUAUGGGGUCAAUCUUUGUUGAAACCAGUGCAAAAACAAGUGAGAAUGUCCGUGAUGCAUUUGUAGAACUUGUUCGUAAAAUACUUCAAGAUCCUGAAUUCCUGUCAUCAACGUCAACGUCACAACCACCUCAAGGAGUAUCCUUUGAAUCUACACAACCCAGCUCAUCAUUAACAUGUCCUUGUUAAUAUUAGAGGGAAAUUCACAAGAACGCUAGGAAAUACAUUCAGAUAAUCUGGGAUCAAAUAUAAUCGACAAUAAACCAAUCAAUCCUGCUUUAAAAUGCAAAGAAAUCAACUGCAAAUUUUUUUUUAAAUAACUGUGAUUUUACUUAUUCGUAUAUUCAUUCUUCCACCGUUUUUUUAUAUAUACAUAUUCAAUCAUCAUCUAAUGUAUUGAGCAAGUGCUUAUUCGUAUGAGAACGCCAUGCUAUGAUAUAACAUUACUGAGUUAUAUCUCUUGUAAUUUCUUGUAAUUAAAUUGAUCAUACAUUUUUGUCAUUAUCUUUGUUCAACAUAAUAAAAAUUAGACCAUCCUUUUUCAUGAAAUACUUGUGAAGUAUGAAAAAUCAUUUGAUGCAACAUAGAAUACAUAUUAUGAUUCGGAUUUGGUAUACAAGCAUUAUAUUUACU